CUGCUUCGAAGCAAAAUCCUUCCUCUUCGAAACCUCCCAGACACCCGUUCACCGCUUCUGCCUCAAUCCCCACGAAAUCCGGCGUCGGGGAAGAAUCUCAAUUUCGAAACCCUAACCCUAGCUCAAUCCUCUUACCGUCUCCGUCGAAUUCACCGAUUUCGAUGUCAGCGGAAGAUCAGAUCCUCGGACGCUCCACUCACCUAACCCGACCCGAGCUUCUCCGGCGCCGAUCGCACAACCUGAAGCAGCUGGCUAAAUGCUACAGAGACCAUUACUGGGCCUUGAUGGAGGAUCUCAAGGCCCAACACAGAGAGUAUUACUGGAAGUACGGUGUUAGCCCUUUCAAAGAAGAUAAUCACCACCAAAACAAGAGGCGUAGGAUUGAUGGGGGUGAAGUCGCAGCCCUCGAAGGUAGCGGAGACAACGACAACGGCGUUAAGAGUGACCCGAGUCUGAAAGGAAACUGUGUUGCUUGUGGUAGUGGAAGCAAGUCAAAGGCAAUGCCACUUACUAAUUACUGUCAGCUUCAUAUCCUGUCGGAUAAAAAACAGAAGCUUUACACUUGUUGUACUUUCGUCAACAAAAGAGCUCAGUCAAAAGCAAUCACGUGUCCAAAGCCAACGCUUGCGUCGACGGUGCCUGCAUUGUGUAACGCGCACUUCCAGAAAGCUCAAAAGGAUGUUGCUAAGGCUUUGAAAGAUGCUGGUCAUAGUGUUUCUUCUGCGAACAAGCCUCCACCUAAACUACAUGAUAUUGUAGCCGCGUUUGUGCAUCAUAUUCAAGCGAAGAGAAAGAAUCCAAGGAGAGAGAGCAAACUAAGAAGCUCGGUCAAAGAAGAGAUUACAAGCUAAGUGGAAACUGUUACAGAGAAAUAACUUGUGUUCCACGGUUGUGCGCAAAAGCAGAAGGUAAUAUAGCUGACGUACUGUAGCGUCAUGAGGGAGAGAAACGGGCAGCUGAUCUUAAUAUGUUUAUAGGCAGAGAUACUGUAUUCAACUAUGCCUGAUCAUGAAGUUUGAUUCUAUGGUGUAGAUCUUGGAUACACAGAACAUCCUUGUAGAAUUUUCUUCUUCUUCGUUAAUCCUAGCGAAAAUGAUACUUUUUUUUUAAAUGACUAGCUUCUAAGAGGCGUCUUGUAGUGUGCAUUCUGGUUUACCGUCAUUUGUACUGACAGUCAUUGUUAGUAAGUUGCUUAUAAUAAAUAGUAUUUUGGCCUUGCA